AUGUGCUGCUCCCCUUGCAGGGUGAUUCGGAGUUCCAACAUCUCAGGCCCGUUGCCUGAUGCGAUCACCACUCUAAGAAACCUCAAGUACCUAGAUUUGAGCUACAAUCAAAUAUGGCCGCCUGUGCCAGCAGGCCUCUUCUCAAUGCCAGACCUGAAGGGCAUGCUGCUGGGCAACAACUGGCUGACCAACCAGCCGGUGCCCAACAUGGCCAAGGCGCCCGCGUCUCUGAAUAUGUUGUCGCUGCGCAGCGUGAAUGCCACUGUGGACAACAGCUCCAAAGUCGGCAAGUCUACUCUUGACCUGUACGGCAACCCACAGAUCUGCGACGUGGCCACAGGCAGACCCCUCAACCUCUCAUCCACCAGUGGCCAGUUCAACGAUUCCUGCAAGUGGACUCGCACGCCCUUCUGCCUCAACCAGCGCUGCCUCCCCACGCAGUACAUCGACCUCCCCACCUUCCUCAACGCCUACCCCCCCUCCAACUGCAUCUACGGGCAAGGUCCCACAACCGCCCCUCUCUUUCCCUCCGACCCAUCAGCCGCUGCAGCAGCUGCUGCCUCUGCCACCGCUCAGGCUGUCACGCAAGAGUCUAACCCCGGCUCCUCACCGCCUCCUGGGAGUGCCGGUCCACCUGAUGCGGCUCCUGGUGAUCCUGCAGGGGGUGGUGGUGCUGCUGCUGCUGGCGGUCGUCGUGGUGGUGGUUCAGCAGCCUCGGCGGGGGAUGCAGGGGUGCCGACGGGGCCGGGAGCGUGUGAGUGUGUGGGCAGCGACCAGUUCUACGAGUUUGACCUGCUGUGCGCCAACAGCACCAUCCAGGCGUGGACGGAUGAGUACUCACAGCUCGUCUCUCAGAAGGUGUCUCAGGGGUUUGCGUAUAAGCUCAAGAGAUGCAUCAAUCCGGAGCAGGUGUGGGUGUGGCAUGCAUACGUCAGCGACUGGCGGCUGGACAGCAGCGGCUCCCCCCUGUUUGACAUGCGGCUGUACGUGGUGCUGUUUGGCAACUUCUCGAGCGACGAUGAGAUCCUCGUGCAGUCCGUCAUCGUGCAGAACAGCGACCUUCUGGGCGAUACCAAGUUUGGAGUGCUUAAGCGGCUGGGUGAGUUGCACGGGGGGCCGAGGAACAGCGACCUCCUCGGGGAUGCCAAUGCCAAUUUCGGCGCGCUCAAGCUCAAGCGACUGGUGCAGAACAGCGACCUUCUGGACGACCCCAAGUUCGGCGUGCUCAAACGGCUGGGUGAGUGGUUGGGGGGGGGGACGGGGACAAGGUGA